AUGCCCACUAUUCCUGCUCGUUCAUUCGCCAUCCAGCAUCUGCAAGCUGGACAGGCCAUCAAAAUUGUCAACACCACGGGCGGGCAAGUUAUCGACACCUGGGCAUUUUCAACCUCAACCAAUGAACCGUUUCCAACUUAUUUGUCCAUGACACAUACUCGCUCAACUCACCAUAAACUCCUCCCGUCUAUGAACGAAUCUUUCCUCGACAACCGACAACAACCUAUCUUGACAAUAAGGGAAGAUACUUCCUGCGGAAUGCACGAUGUUUUGUUUGCAGCCUGCUCUCCUGAGCGAUACGUACAGCUUGGAGUCCCAUGGGAUCACGACAAUUGCGCGAAAAAUCUGUAUGAGGCAGUUCAGUCGAUAAAGAGCCCCUGGCGCGAGGAGACAGUCAGAUUUCUAGCUCAUGGAUGGAUGCCUGAUCCAUUGAAUGUCUUCAUGAAUGUCCGCAUCCAUGGCAAUUCAUUGCAGUGUCUAGACCCGCAGGGCCAACCCGGAGAACACAUGGUGCUGCGGGCCAAACAGGACUGUGUGAUCAUUAUGAGCGCUUGCCCAAUGGAUGUGAGCAAGUGCAAUGGAGGCGAACCUACAACGGCGGAUUUUGAUGUGCUUCAAGAAUGA